UGGAAAAAGAGUCGGAUCAACUGAACGAUUCGUUUGGGAGUCGUUCGCUCCAGCGCGCCUUUGUUGCUGCUGCUGCUGCUGUUGUUGUUGUUGUGCGGGUGACGCGGCGGACUGGCCGGCCCGAGUCAGCGCCACUGUAGAGGUCGCUCGCUUCGGAUGUGGUCAUUAAAAGCGAUUUAACCCGGGAUAAGUUCUAGCUAUCUUCAGUGCGAAACCAUGGCGGCCCCUGCAGCCCCGAACCUGCAGCUGAACGCGGGGAGACAAAGCGGCAGCCCGGUCAACUCCUCCGAGAACAACAUCCACAUCGACGAGAAAGAGCUGGAAAACAUCACGAACCACGUCGAGGACGGCACCUCGCUGCCCCUCCACUCUCCAUGGACCUUUUGGCUGGAUAGGUCAUUACCAGGGACGACGGCAGCCGAGUGUGAAUCAAAUCUGAAAAAGAUCUACACAGUGCAGACGGUUCAGAGCUUCUGGAGUGUGUACAACAAUAUACCCGCAGUGUCUUACCUCCCUUUGAGGUGUAGCUACCACUUAAUGCGAGGAGAACGAAGACCACUAUGGGAGGAGGAAAGUAAUGCAAAGGGAGGUGUGUGGAAGAUGAAAGUACCAAAGGAGAGCACGUCUGCUGUAUGGAAAGAAUUGCUGUUGGCUACUAUUGGUGAACAGUUCGCUGACUAUUGUGCGUCAGAGGAUGAAGUCGUUGGUGUCAGCGUCAGCAUGCGAGACAGAGAGGACGUCGUCCAGGUUUGGAAUGGAAACGCUUCUUUUGCUAACGAGGCGAACAUCUUAGGAAGAAUCUACGAGCUACUUCCACAGAUCUCCUUUAAAGCAGUAUUUUAUAAGCCACACGAGGAGCACCAUGCGUUCGAAGGUGGUCGUUCGAGACAUUAGCAGGCUUUGCACAUUCGUCGGCUGGUAUCCUCUCACUCUUUCGUUCUUGGACUGACCAUAGAAACCGGACUGGAAACCACCAAUUAAACUUCUUUCGCCUGAUGGGGAGUGUGCUGCCGUUUGACCCCGCGGGAGCUGAACUGUCUCACGGUCUUAUCGGUUUUUAGGUAUUGCGGAUGGACCCCUGUGUGUUCUCGGCUAAUGAUUUUCAAGAGAUUAUUAGGCAAUAUCGAUGUAGUUCACACGAAAGUAGCCAGUGUAAUAGACACACACAGCAACGUUGCCAUGGCUUUUUUAUUGUAUUUUUUUAUUAUUGUUAUCAUUUUCCCCUUUUCGGUUCAAACGUUACCCAGCGAAGUAAUUGCUGCUCGUCAGGAACUUGGCAUCUCCACGACCGCAGAGUUUCGAUGUCCAAGUCCUUUAGGUUACUUGUAGAGUAGUAGCUCUUACGUCGUCUCGCGGACAUGUUGCACAUUAUUUUAGAGGAAAUUUCUGUUUGAUUUUAAACCUGAAGCGUUUGUGUGUUUGCCAGUGACUCCGUGACUCCGCGCCCCCUGUUUUUUCACAGCUCGGGCCGGGUCAGGAUCGUCCGAGAGGGCAGUUCAUCGUCUCAAUGCAGUCAGAAGAUUUUAUUUUUUUUCUGAAAAAUACUAAUCUGGAGGAAAAUAAGCGCAGGGUGGAUUUUUUCCAACCACGUUUUAUGCAUUCACGCUCAUCAGCCACGUUUUCUUCAAUCACUCUCGUCUUUUUGCGUCAAGGGUUGCUGUCCGAGUAUUGUUUGAUGCUUCAUCAUGUCUGAAAUGAAUGUUUGCUGGUGAAAUGUGUGUUUUAUGAGGGGGGGCCGGGGGGGGGGGGCCGGUGUGGAUGCUGUCAGAUGACGACGCUGACGAAUACCCAUGUAAACAUCUGGGCGCUGGAUGAAUGUGUUCAGUUCUUUCUGUACCAAAGAGACUCACCUCCACCCCCCCAAACCCCACCCCACCCCACCCCACCCCACCUGUGAUACAGCGAAUACGUCUAAUUAUGUCCAUUUAAGUGUUACGGUCUUUUUGUAUAUCCUGCCCGUUUUAAGCCGUCGUCCUUUCUAGGUGUUUCUCUUGCUGUUAGUUUGUUCUUUUAACGUUAAUUUGUCAGAUUGAAUAACAAGCCACAAGGCGUAAGUUACGACUGGGGUCUUUCAAUGUAAAAAUGCACUAGAAGCACAACUGUCUGUCCUCCUGAUGGGCAAGGAUGCAGGAAAGAGUCUGUACAUGCAGCUGACCUUUCAUAUAGCAGCUUUUCCUAUGUAUUAUAAAUCUUUUUAUGAGACGCAA